GUUUAUAUAUAAUGCCAUUUACAAAAGGAAAGUAUUGCUGUGGUUUUGUUCCGAUUAAGACAGGUGUUGUCUUAAUCACAUUGUUUGGAAUUUUGAAUAAACUAUCUGGUUUCUAUGGAAUUUUAUCAUUUGAUUUUACAGACAACACAGCGACUGCAGGCUACGUUUAUUCUCUACUAGCCAUUGUUAUCUUUGUACAAGGUUUAUAUGGAUUACACAGCGAAAAUGUUCGAACAUUUCGAUGGUAUACCAUGUUCUUUUGGUUAGAUUCGUUUAUCAGCAUUAUAUGGACUAUUCAUACUGGUAUCACUUGGUACAUCUAUACAGAUCACAGUUUACCUGAAUUAGAGAAUGAUCCAGCCAAGAAGGAAGAACAUGAUAGAGUAUUUGAUAUGGAAAAGUAUGUUGGUAUAGCCGUGUUAGUCGCAUUGAAUUUGAUUCAUCUAUACUUUGCCUUUAUUGUCACUCGUUUCUAUAAGGCCAUGAUUCAUAAAUCCAAUUAUACAAAAGUACCAACCGAACAAAUCGAUUUAGAAGAACGCUCAAAUGAAGCUCCACCCAAGCAAGCCCUUGAUUGAUAAAAGAUUAUCAAUUUUAAAUUCCGUAAUGGUAAGACAGCAUGACUGUUGAUCUCAUUUUUUUUCAUCUCUAUCUUCACUCCAUAUAUAGUAGUUUAAUCUUUCCAUAAUAAAUAUUAUAAACCGGGUCAAGCAUCUCUU